AUGGAUGUCAUAUCGGCUGAUAUGGCCCAAUUGAAGACUUCAGUAAAUAAACUGGAGAUUGAGAAUAAUACAAGAGAUCAGUGGGCCAGACGUUCAAAUAUUGAAAUCUGUGGAGUUCCUGAAAAGAAAAAUGAGAACUUGAUUACAAUCAUAGAAAACUGCAAAAAAGCUUAUAUACCAUUUAACGCCUCCACUGAUAUGGAUUUCGUAACCCGUGUUGCGUCCUUAUCAAAAGAUAAGAAAAUGCCAAAACGUAUAAUUGUGCGUUUCAUGUCUCGUUACUAUAAGGAUGAGUUUCUGAGUAAGGUACGUCAGCUUAAAAACUUGAAAGCUAGCGAUAUCGGGUUUUCAGGCAACAAUUCUUAUGUCUUCUUCAAUGAUCAUUUAACUUCAUCUAAUAAACUACUACUUCAAAAGGCAAAAGCUAAAGCUAAAGAUUGCAAUUACAAAUUCGUGUGA